AUGGCACCAUCCCUACACCCCCUCAUUGACAACGGUAUCACAAAGGGCAAAGACGACUUUCCCGGCGGUACUCUUCGAUGCCACUGUUCUUCCAACCCCGUCGAGGUCGAGCUGAAGGGCAAUGUCCUGCACAAUCACGCCUGUGGAUGCUCUCAGUGCUAUAAGCCAGAGGGCGCCCUCUUCUCCAUCGUCGCAGUUAUUCCAGACGGUAACGUCCGUGUCACCAAGAACAAAGAGAAGCUCGCCGUCGUGAACGACCAGGCCACCAUCUUGCGCUACGCAUGCAAGGAUUGCGGUGUCCACAUGUACGGGUCGAUCGAAAAGGACCAUGCAUUCAAGGGAUUGUCCUUCGUGCACGUCGAGCUGAGCGAUGAGAAGGGCUGGCAAGAGCCACAAUUUGCGGCGUUUGUGUCGAGCUUGAUUGAACAGGGCUAUCCUCCGGAGAAGAUGGGUGAGGUACGGGAUCGCCUGCGGGAGCUCGGAUUAGAGCCAUAUGAUGCGCUCAGUCCGCCGUUGAUGGAUGCCCUGGCAACCUUCACGGCGGAGAAGGCGGGAAAGAGGAGCAAGAUUUGA